GUUCUUUGCUUUACCAUUCAAAUUCUUUUUUAGCUCAAACUAUAGUCCGUGGUUCGUACAAAAGCAGCGUUUUUUAUUAUUAUAAAUAAAAAACGCAGAUUUUAUUUGGCAUCCCUUCGCUUCACUUCAAAUUUGCAGCGUUUCAUUACUAUUAGCAUAUUUGAACGAAUAGAAACACAAGUACUCACUCCGUCUGAAAGUCAUAAUUACAUUCUGCACAACGCACAGAAAAAACUUAAACUUCCUGUUUUUUUUGCCAUUUCGUUCUUGAAACAGCUUUUCAAAGCCUCCCAUCUAUUUUAUACUUGUUUAUAGCCAAGUUCGCAGACUGCACGAGUAUUUAUUGCCCAUACAUUUUUGAACUUAUCUUAUCUGUGACUAUGGGUGGUACUACUACCAUCACGAGUACCUACGGAUGGUGCUCUUUGCGUCCCCUAUGUCUUCGAUUUAUGAACAAACCAGUUGUGUUCCUCAUAGCUGUUUCGGUUGCAUCCUUCUUUCAGGGUGCUAUAAUAAACGGAUUCGUCAAUGUCUCGUUGACAUCUAUAGAAACCCGUUUUGGAGUCGGCUCGAAGCAAGUCGGCUUCAUUCCCUCGUCCUACGACUUAGCCGGUAUCUUGUGUGUCAUCCCUCUCGGCUACUUCGGAGGCCGAAUGUCACAGACAAGGAUCUUGGGAUCCUGUCUGCUUCUCAGCUGUGUGGGUGCUGUGAUCAUGUUUCUACCUCACCUGUUCACGAUGAAUAAGCCCUCGCCGAUGGAUGCACUUAAGGAUGGAUCUGGAACAAAUGCUGGUUUCUGUGGCAAUUCCAUUGAAGUUGAGAGCAGUCCCAGUUUAGGCGGAUGGGUGACAUUGUUCUAUCUGGGAAUGUUCGUAAUGGGAUUCGGCUUUGGGCCAUUAUGGACUAACACAUUCGACUACAUGGACAAAAACCUGUCUCAUUCAAGCUUCCCUAUAUAUAGUGCUGUGUUUACUCUAUCUGGGAUAAUUGGACCCGGAUUUGGGUAUAUUUUUGGGGGGUUGCUGCUCUCGCUGCCUUUUGACGAUGUCUUCAAGACCUCCGAAGCCUAUAGCUCCAUGUCAGACUCAGAAUACGAAGCGCUAACUGAAAACACGAACUUCAUAGGCGCUUAUUGGGUCGGGUUUGUGUUCAGUGCCGUCGGGUUGUUUCUCAUCUCGAUUCCUGUUGGCGGCUUCCCUUACCAGUUUCCCGAAUCCGAAAAUAUACGCCACAAGAAAGUGAACGAAGCGUUCGGCGCUACAUCUCUUAACGAGGAGUCGAAACUUACUACUGUUGCAAGCUGGAAAGAUUUCAAAGCAGGGAUAAUUUACGUGAUUAAAAACCCAAUUGUUAUUUGCAUAGCUUUUGCAGGCGCCAUGGAAGGGUUCUUCUUAGCUUCCAUGUCAAGUUUUGGACCAAAAUUACUGCAAGUUUUGUUCAACUUCACCUCAAGCGAAGCGGCUUUGACUAUUGGAUAUAUUUUGAUUCCCUCGGCUACUAUUGCUUUAAUACUUGGAGGUGUUUUACCCAAAGUGUGCUCGUUCACAAACCGUCAUCUCUUAUUAUUUUGCUUUCUAACUUCAGUGACAACGUUUUUAUCGACUUUUGGGUUCUUCAUAAACGGUGGCCAAGCUGAUUUUAUUAAACCCAGUGAUCAAGUCACGUACCAAGGUGUUACCUGCGAUAUUAGUAGUUGUGAUUGUGAUCGGUCAAAUUUCAAACCCUUUUGUUUGGACAAGAAAACUCUCAUUUUCAGCCCCUGUUACUACGGCUGCUCUGAUGAAGUAUUAACCAACUGCUCUUGUUACAACUCGACAAUAAACAGUGAACUAACUUCGGGUUCAUGUGAGAUUUCCGAGUUCUGCAGCCCUUCGAAUUUUUAUGUAAUGCUAUUUUUCCUCACCGUUGGAUGUUUUACUGUGUUUUUCAACUUGCCAGCUGCCGAAGCGGCUUUGGACAGAUCAGUUGUGCCGAAGUUUCGAUCACUCGCGUUCGGUUUCGAUGUUUUCAUUAUGCGGUUUUUCGGAACUGUUCCGGCAACACUCGUAGUAGGCGCCAUGUUUGACGGAAAGUGCACUCUUUGGCAGGUGAACUCCAAUGGGGACAAAGGCGCUUGUCUUCGCUAUGACGACUCGGUAGCUUCGGGAUUCACUGCAAUUUGCAUCGCGACAACCGGCUUGAUGUCUUUACUAUUUCUAGCCGCGUUUUUAUUUGAAAAAUUCAAACGAGAAAAAUUCAUUCCUUGUGAAAUUGGAACAAAACAUCACGGGAAUAAAUUUCCUGGAGCCAAUUCUACUUCAGACAAACCCAUUGACGCGGUCGACAAAAAUGACAACAACAACAGCCAAAAUUACAGACCGGAACCAAAUAUGAACAGGGAUUACACGCAAAAGCAGUCUGUACUUUUGCAAGUAAAUACAAGUCUCUGACAAUAAAUUUUGGUGCUCAUUUUGUUGAUUUUUAGAUUUUUAACUAAUAUACAUUUCUCAAUUUUACCAUUCAAAAUUUAAC